GAGUUUGAAGUGAAUCGGGCGGGGAAGUUCCGAAGGCCUGGCCCUCAAGAAAUGAACAACGGGCGAUGAUCGUUCUACGGAAGACUUCCGGAUAAAUAAUCAAACUCAGCGAAAUCUGCAAAAUUGGUUUAUCAUCGCUCCCCCCUUUCGCUUUUAUACAUCAUAUGCACUCUCCACUAUAGCCCGCGUGCUGUACUAAUAACCUCCCUCAAGAGUCAACAGCCUUAUAUUUCAUCGACAACCUUUAUUACUAUUCUAAUCACCCAUCAAGCCAGUAUCAUGGCGGAGAAUACAGACUGGGACUUCCUCUUGCAGUUCGUCUCAGAGCCUUUGGAGAUGGAAUUUUCUCAUGUUCCUGAAAGGCCAGUCGCAGAACGUACUCGUUCUGUGGUACCUGUGCAGGCACCAACACCCCCCGACUCCUUCACCUCCUCACCAGUUGAACCGCCAGCAGACUCCGAGGAAGACGCCCUUGUUUCUGUGUCCACAACAUUCUUUCCCGGUGCACACAUUUACUCACACCCACCAGAUGUCGUGCUGCUGUCAUCCGACUCUAUAUUCUUUUAUGUCCACACCCGCGCGCUGCUCCGAGUUUCUGGAAAUAACUUUGGCGGUUUGCUACCACUGUCGUCUAAACCGACCGACGGCCAGCUAGGUCCAGUCUUGGUAGUCCCGGAAUCUUCUACCAUUCUCAAUAUCGUACUUCACGCCGUGUACGACAUGGCAUGUUCCCACUAUUCUCCUUCAUUCGAGUCCCUUGCAGCAGCAUUGUCAACCCUAACAGAUUAUGGCGUUUCUCUCAAGCGCCACGUUGGCCCUUCUUCUGCCCUGCACUCUCUGCUUCUCUCCUAUGCACCUCUUUACCCCCUGGAACUCUAUACAUUGGCUGCUUCACACGACCUCUAUGACCUCGCUGUCUCAACUUCAUCUCAUUUACUCUCCUUCUCCCUUGCAUCCUUGACAGAUGAGAUGGCGGACAAAAUCGGCCCAAUAUAUUUGAAACGAUUAUUUUUUCUCCACUUUGGCCGCGCAGAUGCUUUAAAACGUCUUCUCCUACCACCACCUCAUCCGCAUGCCACCACUCAUGACUGCGACUUCACCGAGCAAAAGAGGCUCACAAGAGCGUGGGCUCUCGCAUCUGCAUAUCUCGCUUGGGAUGCCAGGCCAGACUUGUCCACGAACGCAAUUGAGUCUGCAUUGGGACCUCUAGGUGAUCAGCUGACAUGCGGGCUCUGUCGAAAAGCACUUCGUGACCGGCUGAAGACGUUGAUUAUACAAUGGUCGGCAGUCAAGAGGACUAUCUAGCUUGCAAAACAACAUAAUUCGGAAGAGAUGUCUCACACCCAGACGAACAUACCUCAGGAAAAACGCGUGGACUUCUCUGGUUCUCAUUCUUUCAAUCGACUGUAUCACUCAUCCCUUUCAUUUUUUCACUGCAUUCAUUGUGUAACACUACUCACUUUCUGUAACAUUAGUUGGAAUUGUUCACUUCGGUGAAGCCUUAUACACGACCUGUACUCGUUAGCAACUACUAUACCUAUACUAGUAUCCUAGUCUGUUAACGCUUACGACUUCACCAGUUUGUCCUGUCCACACACGCAUAGCAUAUGACCGAUAGUAAUAGCAUCAUGAUUACGAACUUGGUGACAGAUUGGCGUCAAGGCAGUGGGAUAGGUAUACAACCCUUGUACAAGUGAAAGGUCAAACACAGGAUUCGGUUAUCGGGCGUUGUCUUCGGCAAGGAUGGCGUCAUUUAGCUCAUCCAGGGGUGCCAACU